AUGCCCUCCAUGAAUCAUACAUUCAAUGGCACAAUUUUCCAACCCUACAUGACGCUGUGUUUUGCCAAGACUCCAUAUAAGACCAGUGUCCUAGACAACGGUGGAGCGACGUGGUACAAAGACAAAGUGUUCGCCUGUAAUAUCUGUAUACUAUGUUGUGGGCCUAGCUCAGAGUUUUCAGGUGGACUGAAAGCGGUGCAUAGCUCUCACAAUGUCAUCGAUAUUAGGCCGAGUACGCUACCUAAAACCAAGCUACUUCUGUAUCCGCAGAUUUGGCCAGAAAAAAGAGCAGGACCGGACGUGCAUCUAUGGGGCCUGCGAGGCCUGAGAUCAAAUUUUCAAGAGAUUGUUCCAGAAAGCAAGUCGCUAUUAAUCACUUGCAGUACAUGGGCGGUAGCAAUCCCGAUGGCGGUACACAUACCCUACCAAUGUUCUCUUCCGGCAAUUCUGCAACGCGGCGGCGCUGCAUGUAUGUCUGGCGCGCCGUUACCGAAAACGCCUCGGGGCGUCGCUUCCCGAAGAUCUUUACAAAGACUGAAAGAAUUGACUGCCAAUAGAUCUCCCAACGGAAGAUUAGGUGAUGAAGGCAUUCACGAGGUCUUUCUCCUACACAUUGGUCAGAUGUUGAAUUUCUACGCGCUUGGGACAUAUGGGCUUUUAAAUCUCUCUGGAUAUACAUUGGCGAAAAGAGUCUUUAUAUCAGGAUUGGUUCUAUUCGGCAUCGCUGAUCGACAAAUGCUGAGGAAGCGGUUUGGGGAUAUACUUACUUGCAAAGCACGAGGCCUUGCGCUACCCUACCCUGACCCUGACCCUUACGGCAGUAUACUCACGAUAGUUUUUGAAUUAGGUAUGCUUAGAGCCGAGAAAUAUUUCAUCAAAUUUGGAGCAGCCCUUCGAAUUCCGAAACUCAUGAAAGAUGUGCGCGCCUCUGAAGACCUCUCCUUGUAUAAUCAGACCCCAGUAGACGAGAGUUUUCCAGAGGACAGAGCGGAACCAGAUAUAAGGAAAAAAGUUGAAGAGAAGAAAUUGGCUUACUUGGGACCAAGUGUAAGUUCGAGGCAAUCGACUCCAUGGGUUCGACGGUACUGUCUUAUCGCGAGGCUUCCUUCCUUCUCGUCAAGGUGGUUGGAAGGCUAUAGUGUGGAGGUCGUGACGUCUAUCAUAAUAGGGAUUCGCAAGCUGGUGGCUGCUACCAGCGAUGAUGCGAAAGAGAUAUGUGCGAUACUAAAGGCAUUGAAAGGGGAAUAUCUUGCCGGUAACACGGGAAAUAAUAUUCUUAACGUGUUGCUGAAACUGAUUAAGGCGGCAAAGAAAGCAUCGAAAGUCGAUGCGAAGGCGUUUAUAGGCUCGGUCAUUUCCACUUCACGCCGACUACCGUUCGCAGACGAAGCUAGGCCGCGUUCGUCCUCCUCUAACUUGACACUUAAAACGAAAAAGCCUACCGAAAGCGCCUCUCAAAGUCACACUGAUUCAACCCUUGCCUCGAAAGCUCACAGAAUCCGAAAGCGCUCGUUGCUCUUGCCGCCCACUAUAUUUUUCGUCCACCGCCCUCCCCUCUGCGGUCUCCGUACACAAAGCACAUCGGAAUAUCAUUUCUCCAUCCACGCCACCCAGGCACACAUUGUGCAGAACUGUUCGAAUAUUCAGGCACAGCAUGGCCAAAGCUCAAUGGUGAACCCAGUGCACCUUCCCUCUUCACACGCUACCGCCCGAGGAGGCACACAUACAUUCUCCCUCUUCCUCUUCUUUCUCCUCGUCACACGGGCUUUCAAGAAAUUCCAGUCGCCCUUUGAUUUGGUGCGAAUUUAUCUUCAGUCCGAUCAACUUUCAUACCCCGCCGUUAUAGGGGUUACCGAGAGUACCAUGUCGGCUGUGCUUUGCAUAAUCUCGAAUCCUCCUACGUACAACUAUUCCUUCCUCCACCUCACUCGACCUUUAUCCUCAAUCUGGGGCCUCCAGUAUGAAGUUAGCCUGGCUAUCUCCAGCGAUGGAGUAGUAAGUGCCUCCUUUACUCCACAUCUUCUCCAGCUCAAUUCCAACCGUACACCUAGUACCAAGCCGAGCUUCCCCCCGAGCUUCCUAGAGUUUUCAAAGAAUGAUGGAGUUAGGCAUUACGGAGAACCAUUGAAUUUUUCUCUCUGGUGGAACACUGGGGAAGCAUUACGGAGAACUGUUGAAUGUCUCUCGGCCACUUCAAUCCCCAAAACCUCUCGGAUUUUGGUACGGAGAACCAUUAAGUAUUCUUUACCUCGUAGUUGGCUCAAAAUGUUAGGAGCAGAUACUCAGGGCGAGAGUCCUACAUUACGGCAUUAUAGCCAACUCGAGAUAUAUACUAUAUUUGUGCGGAUGUCAACGUGGGUCUUUCUUUCCGCGUGUAGGGACUGGACUGCCUUCUGCUUCACACCCCCUUUUAGCAUGCAUCUUGCACCAAGUCCUGCAAAUCCUGGAGGUGAUAGGAACAUAUGCGCUGCCCCAGAUAAAUAUGAAAUCAUUUCUCCUUUUCCAUAUCCCGGCGCUUCCUUGCUGCCAAGUAUCCUCAGUGGUACGUAUCUUGGAUCUGCCUGGAUAUUCCACUUACCUACUCCAUCAAUCACUAUAUAUUUUAAUUCCACUAGCUCUUCAUCUGUGUUUGGUCAGCACUCCACUAGAGAUAAACAACAUCUAAAGUCAAUUGAUGUUAGGGGUGAACAGGAACGACUUCAUAUGUCAGAAAAUACAGUUGAAGAUUGGAGAUUGUUCACUUCAACAAGCUGA